AUGCCACCACGAAAACCACAACAUGGCUUCCGUCGUGGAGGAAAGCAAGCAUAUCAUGGACCUCGAAAAGCCAAAACUUUUGAAAAAUCAUCUGGAAGAAAUGAAGGUACCUCAUUGGAGGAAAAGAUGGAAGCUGUCAAACUAGGCCAUUCAAUAGAUGAAGCAAUGGGAUUUCCGCGGCAUGAGUCUGGCAAGAAGAAGAUUGGAUGGUUGGUAAACAUAAAGGCUACGACGAUCGAGGAUGAAAAGCAUUUAGAAGGUCGGGCUGGAGUAGACUGUUACUUUAUCGAGGACGAUGGAGGCACUUUUAAAGCGACGGUAGAAUAUGAACCCUAUUUCCUGGUCGCGGUCAAAAGAGGAUACGAACCAGAAGCCGAGGAAUGGCUUAAGAGAGCGCCAGGAGGAGGUGUUUUGAAGAGUAUAAAAAGAGUGGAAAAAGAGGAUUUGUCAAUGCCAAAUCAUUUACUGGGUUACAGGAGGAGUUUCUUUGAGUGCAGGUUUAGGAAUGUGUCGGACCUGUUAGCGGCUAGGAAGGACAUUAUGCCCGUGGCAGAGAAGAAUAAGAAGAACAUGAAUGCAAUGGAUACGUAUGCGGAGGUUGCUAGUGCAAAUGCUGGAUUUGAUCUUUUUGACGACUCACGAGAUGAUGAUAAACGACUUAAUGUUUCUAUUGCGGAGGGUAGCGAUUUCAUUGUAGAUAUUAGGGAAUGGGAUGUACCAUACCAUGUACGAGUAAUGAUAGAUCAAGAUAUACGAACGGGAAAAUGGUAUUCGGUAGAAGCAAAACAUGGUACAACGACGCUGAAAUGCCUGGAAGAUCGUUUGGCCAGAGCCGAUCCGGUAGUUAUGGCAUACGAUAUCGAAACGACCAAAUUACCCUUAAAAUUCCCAGACGCUACAAUCGAUCAGAUUAUGAUGAUAUCGUACAUGAUAGAUGGCCAAGGAUUUUUGAUUACGAAUCGAGAGAUUGUUUCUGAAGAUAUUGAGGACUUCGAAUAUACGCCGAAACCUGAAUACGAUGGGCCAUUUAUGAUUUUUAAUGAACCGGACGAGAAGGCUGUUAUCGAGCGUUUUUUCCUACACAUCAAAGAAGCACGACCUACAGUUAUAGCGACAUACAACGGAGACUUUUUCGAUUGGCCGUUUGUUGACGCACGAGCUAGUGUUAAUGGUAUCGAUAUGUACCGGGAGAUUGGAUGGCGCAGGAGUCAAAGCGAGGAUCAGUACAUUUGUGAUUACAGUGCUCACAUGGACUGUUUCCACUGGGUUAAUCGUGACAGUUACCUGCCUCAAGGAAGUAGAGGUUUAAAAGCGGUGACAACAGCAAAGCUAGGUUACGAUCCAGACGAGAUCGACCCAGAAUUGAUGUUGAGAUAUGCCAGCGAGAAACCUCAAACUCUUGCAGAGUAUUCCGUCUCUGAUGCUGUAGCAACAUACUAUUUAUACAUGAAAUACGUACAUCCUUUCAUUUUCUCUCUAUGUACUAUUAUUCCUCUAGGACCAGAUGCGGUUUUGCGAAAAGGGACAGGAACCCUUUGCGAGAUGUUACUCAUGGUACAGGCUUACCAAAAAGAGAUCGUACUUCCGAAUAAACAUGUAACACCAAAAGAAUCCUUCUGGGAAGGUCAUUUGCUGGAGUCGGAAACCUAUGUUGGUGGGCAUGUGGAGAGUAUUGAAGCAGGAGUUUUCCGAGCCGAUAUACCCGUUAAUUUUGCUGUCGACACGACUGCUAUCGAUGAACUUCUCGAGGACUUGGAUUCUGCGCUGAAAUUCAGUAUCACGGUUGAAGAGAAGAAAUCACUGGAUGAUAUCGAAAAUUAUGAGGAAGUCAAACAACAAAUUGCAGAUCGCCUGAAUAGUCUCAAGAAAACCGCGAAUCGAAGCGAAAAACCCCUGAUUUACCAUUUGGAUGUCGCUUCUAUGUACCCAAAUAUUAUGACGACAAAUCGUCUUCAACCCGACUCCAUGAUCCAAGAAUCAGAUUGUGCGGCGUGUGACUUUAAUCGACCUGGUAAAACUUGCGAUAGGAGAAUGCCUUGGGCAUGGAGAGGCGAGUAUCUUCCAGCGAAGAGGGACGAAUAUAAUAUGAUCAGGCAUUCGCUUGAGAAUGAAAGGUUUCCAGGAAAAUAUCCCAAACAACCAAUGAGGUCAUUUCAAGACCUUUCUUACGAAGAGCAGGCUGCGCUGAUUCGGAAGCGCUUGCAAACAUAUAGUCAGAAAAUUUACCACAAGAUUCACGACCAAACCACCAUCGAGCGAGAAGCAAUCAUUUGUCAGCGAGAGAACCCAUUUUAUAUUGACACUGUAAAGGACUUCAGAGAUCGUCGAUAUGAUUACAAGGGUAAGCAGAAAGUCUGGAAAGGCAAAACUGAUGCUCUCAAGUCAGCAGGUGCUCCAGCUGCUGAAGUCGAAGAUGCGAAGAAGAUGAUUGUUUUGUUCGACUCUCUACAAUUGGCUCACAAAGUGAUUUUGAACUCCUUUUAUGGUUAUGUCAUGAGAAAAGGUUCGCGAUGGUAUUCUAUGGAGAUGGCCGGUGUCACUUGUUUGACUGGAGCUCACAUCAUUCAAAUGGCUCGUCAACUAGUUGAACGAAUUGGACGGCCUCUAGAGCUAGAUACUGAUGGUAUUUGGUGUAUGCUUCCGGCGACAUUUCCGGAGAACUAUGCUUUUAAGAUGAAGAACGGAAAGAAGCUGGCUAUCUCGUACCCUUGUGUGAUGUUGAAUCAUCUUGUCCAUGACAAAUUCACAAACCACCAAUACCAAACUCUCACUGAUCCAAAAACCUUCAAGUACGAGACGCAUAGCGAUAAUUCCAUCUUCUUCGAAGUCGAUGGUCCUUAUCGUGCUAUGAUUCUCCCUACUUCCAAGGAAGAGGACAAGAAUUUAAAGAAACGUUAUGCUGUGUUUAAUGAUGACGGAAGUCUAGCAGAACUCAAAGGAUUCGAGGUGAAGCGAAGAGGAGAACUGAAGCUCAUUAAGAUUUUCCAACAACAAAUCUUCAAAUUCUUUUUGGAGGGUACAACUCUUGAAGAGACUUAUCAAGCAGUGGCAAAAGUCGCGAAUCAAUGGCUUGAUGUUUUAGAUUCGAAAGGAAGGACCCUCGCCGACGCAGAACUUAUCGACCUUAUUUGCGAGAACAGAAGUAUGUCAAAGAGUUUGGAGGAAUAUGGCACACAAAAAUCAACUUCAAUCACCACUGCAAAGCGCUUGGCGGAGUUUUUGGGUGAACAAAUGGUGAAAGAUAAAGGCUUGAAUUGCAAGUACAUUAUUUGCGCCAAACCAAAACAUGCACCGGUGACAGAACGAGCUGUUCCGGUAGCUAUCUUCUCAUCGGAUAUCUCAGUAAAGCGUCACUUUCUGCGCAAAUGGCUGAAGGAGGAUCCUACAGACAUGGAUCCAAGAGCGCUCUUAGAUUGGGAUUAUUACUCUGAACGUCUUGGGUCUGUCAUCCAGAAACUCAUUACCAUUCCUGCAGCUCUUCAAAAAUGUUCAAAUCCAGUGCCCAGGGUAGCACAUCCGGAUUGGCUACAGAGAAGAAUCCGGAUCAAGGAUGACAAGAUGAAGCAAAAGAAAAUGACCGACAUGUUUACUAAAACUCCCCUUGAAGACAUCUCAAACCUGCAAGAUCCAAGAAUGGCCGACAUGGAGGACUUUGGAACGCAACUUUUGAAACCUAAGACUCUAGGCUCUCAGCUAAAUGCAGCCUCACAGAAACCCAUGAAAAGAAAGUCUCCAGAACCUGCGGUAGCAGUCUCCAUAAAUCCAUUUGCAGCACUUCCGGACAAGAUGCCUUCACCAAGCGAAGACUAUGAAGGAUUCUUGGAGUAUCAAAAACAAAAAUGGAAGAUUCAGAAACAGGCAAGAAUACGACGUCGACAUCUUUUCGGUGAGAAUCGUGGCGCCCAAAGCAACAUUGCGACUACUUUCCAGAAUCAAGCCGAACAGCUAUUCAAGAGUACUUGGCAGGUUUUACAAUUGAGAGGCACUGAAAGUCCAGGUAUCGUUCUUGCGUUCGUUCUUAUUGACUCGAAAGUACAUACGUUGAAAGUCAAGGUUCCGAGAACAGUUUUCCUCAAUUUGAAAGGUAAGGAAUUACCAGAUAUUGAGAUUGAUGGCUGCGAGGCUGAGAAGGUCACUCAUACAUUGCCGAACGGACAUCCAUCAGUCCAUUUGUUCAAACUCACAAUGUCUGAAGAUGUCUAUGUAAACGAAGCGCAAAAAAUAUCUUUACUUUUCAAUCAUCCGAGUGUGGAAGGUGUUUACGAAAAGCAAGUUCCACUAAACGUUCGUGCUGUUCUUCAAUUGGGAAGUUUGUGUACAUUUGAUGAGACUCAGCCUGGUGUUUUAGGGAGAGGUCUUGAGCAAGGCUUCGAUUUAUCUGGACUCCGUCGCGCGUCGCCGAAAAAUCCAUAUCUUUCAAAUUCGUCGAUGGAAUACCUCUUCCUUUACCAUGUUAUUGCCGGUGAUAGACAAGUCUUUGCACUCUUCUCGACUUCAAAAGAACAGGCACAUGUUGUCAUUCUCCAGAAGACCAAGGUUGCCGAACAAGAUCUUCCUAACAUCGCGAAAACUUACGCGGAUGCCAUUGCCAAACGUCAUCAAGAUGCGAAGGGAGAAGUUUGGCAAAAUUGCUUCGAGUAUCAAGAAACGAUACAGUUCAAGAUCAGCCAAGUCACAACAAGAAGAAAAGCAUUGCUUGAAGUUGGUGACCUUGUCAAGAAAAUGAAGAAUGAUGAGUCCAAGCCACUCAUGCUCGUUGUCCAAUCUCCACAGAGGAGAUUGCUGGUACAUGAUGUGCCCAUUUUAGGAGACUUGCCAAUACUUCCUCUGAAAUCGGACGUUCAAGAUAGUAAACUCCCUCCACUAAACUGGCAAUCUGUCAUAGCAAAGCGCUUGGUCAGUCAUUACUUAAACCUCGGGGAAUGGGUCAUUCAUUUGACUGAGCUCGCGAGAUAUGGAGAUGUUCCACUUUGCAACCUGGAAAGAGACGACCCUCGUUUCUUGAUCGAUGUGGCUUAUGCGAGAAGACUACAAAGGAGUAAUGUUGUUUUGUGGUGGUCUGGUGGUCCAAAGCCAGAUCAUGCCGGAUAUGAACUCGAUGAUGUUCUUGGUGGUCUUGACACUGUACAAAUGCCGUCGGUCAAUAACCCGGGUACUUAUCCAUCAGUUUGUAUUGAGCUUGAUGUCAGAAAUUUGGCUAUCAAUACCAUCUUGACGUCAUCUCUGAUCAAUGAGCUUGAAGGAAGCGACUCGAUAUCUUUCAAUCCUGCCGCGCCAUCAGACGAUGCUCCUAGUGAUGGUACCAAUGUUCUUUAUGCCGAGAAUGCUUUUGCCACUGCCGGUGUUACAGUCCUCAGAGAGAUGGUCAAAGCUUGGUGGACUGAAGCUUGCAGAGGUAGUAGUAUGGCGGAUAUUAUGGUGCAGCAUCUUGUCCGCUGGGUUGAGAAUCCGGAUUCGUUUCUCUACGAUCGUUCACUACAUUACUACGUACAAAUGAUGUCUCGAAAGGCUUUCCAACAACUCAUGACCGAUUUCAGGCGAGUCGGAUCUCACGUCGUAUUCGCGAACUCAAAUCGACUUCUACUACAGACCACCAAAGCUGAAGUCGGCAAUGCAUAUGCAUACAGUCAAUAUAUCCUUAAAUCAAUCAAGGCAAAGCCACUUUUCCAUUUCUUAGACCUCGAGAUCAAAGAGUAUUGGGAUUAUCUAGUUUGGUACGAUGAAUUCAACUACGGCGGUAAAGGCUGCUCAGAAGUCGUCGAAGCUGAAAACCAAUCGCUGGAUAACAUCAUGCAUUGGCAACUGAGCAAUUUCCUCCCGGACAAACUCCAACAGAUCUUCAAUGACUGGGUUUUAGAGUUUAUUGAUAUAAUGCAUGGCCUCAAGAAACCACGUGUUGGCAUUGAUUCUACCCCUCGCGCCACUCAAAUUCCAGUUCGAAAUCUAGGAGACGACAAGGAGGAUAAAAUUAUUCUUGGAAAAAGUUUCGAAAAACCACUCAAGAAACAGAUUGCCGGUAUUAUUCGCAGGCAAAAAGAUGAAAUGCUCCAUCCCGAACUCGCGGAAGAUUACAAAUUUCCCGUUCUCCCUGGUUCGCAUCUCAAACCCACAAACCCAGCGCUAGAACUCGUAAAGAGUCUUAUGCAAGUUCUUUCUCUCGACAAAAACAUCACACUCGAAGCUCGUCUCCUACGAAAAGAACUCCUAGAAAUGUUUGAAAUCCGCGAAUUUUCCAACGCUGCUAAAUUUCAAAAUCCUUCCACUUCUGCUAAACUCUUCAGCGUAGUCUGCGAUUCUUGUACCACGUCAAGAGAUAUGGAUUUUUGUCGUGAUGAAGAUUUACUUCCAAAUAGUGAAGGAAGUUGGAGCUGGAAAUGUCUAUUCUGUAAUGGAGAGUUUGAACAUCUAGGCAUUGAAGAGAGGAUUAUUGGGGAGGUCAUGGGAUGCGUGGGGGAAUGGGCGGGCCAAGAUUUGAAAUGUGUUAGGUGUAAAGGAUUGAAGGUUAAUGAUUUGAGACAGGGUUGUGGGUGCGGUGGGGAGUGGGGGGAAAGUGUAGAUAGAGGGGAUGUGAAAAUGAAGGUUGAAGGGUGGGGGAGAGUGGCGAGGUCUUAUGGAUUAAGAAUGCUGGGGGCGGUUGUUGAGGAGGUUUUGGGGGGUCUGUAG